UCGAGGCCUUUCCGACGCGGACACGCCUGAAGAGAGAACACGCCCACUCGAUCAUGCAUACUGCCCUCACGCUGCUGUCUUCCCUGGUGGGCGUUGUCCUGGCGGGCAACAUUGGCACUGGCGGCGGAGGCUACUCGGGCGGGGAAUUCACAGGCGGAGCCUUUGGCGGCUACAGAAAUGUUGGCUAUGGUUCUACUGCUGGCGGCUACGGCGGUCGCGGCAUCGGCCGCUAUCACGCUGGCGGCUACGGCGGCGGUCUCGGAGGCGCCAACACUGCUGCGGGAGGCUCUGCAAAGGCGGCUCAUGGAGACGGCUACUUAUCCAGAGGCUAUAGCGUAGGCGACCACCACGGCGGCUACUCUGCAGCCGGAGCAAAUGCACCCUUCGGAAGACACAGCGGAGCUUCAAACUACGCUACAACCGGCGGCAGUAUUAGCGGCUACAACGGUGACGGUACUCUCAGCAGCUACGGCGGAACGCAGGGCGGCUUUCCAGAAAACGCGAAGAUUGGUAAGCACUCCGGCAACCAGUACGGUGGCGCGUCGCUCUCAGGCGCUGCUGGGCCGAGUCGUGGCUUUAGAGGUACCAGGCUUACAGCAGGUUACGAAGGAGGGAUCACUGGUGCCGGACUCGUUGAAUCGGUGUACGCUGGUGGAUUCACGGGCAACACGGUAACCAUACCGGCGAAGGUGAUUGUCCUGAAAGUCCCAAUAUCUCACAGUGAGGCUGGAGGCUUUCCUCACUCAGCCGGCAGCUAUUCGGGUGGAGGAUAUGGACCAUCCAGGUACGCACCAUCGUCUGCUGGAUAUGCAAGCGUUGGCUCGUCUACUGACGGUAGAUCUCACCAAGCAUAUGGAUUGUCGAGCGGUGGUCACCUUAGUGUCAGCGGAGUUGGAGGUGGUGUAGAAAAGCCCAGUUACGGAGGUUUCAAUGGAGGUUCAGGAAAACCCUAUGCCGGUAAGGUAGUGUUCGACAAUGGACAUCAUGGUGAGCUUACUGCGAGGAACGUUCAUGGAGGAUUUGAAGGAUUUACCGGAAGUUACGGAGGUGGGUCCACCGAGAGCCAUGGUGGCAGCCACGCUGGAGCUAGGAGCUUUGCAAGAUCGGAUGUGCACGGGGCCGGUAAAGCUGCCUUUGGUGGCAUGCAUCACGGCUACGGAGGAAGUGGUUACGGCGCUUCCAAAGGCGGUGGCAGCUACGGUGUUGCAAAGGGUGGUUACUGGUGAAAAUUCAUUCAUUUCUACCUUGAGCUUUAUGAGUGAAAUGACCCGCCCCCGACUGUGCUUUUUAACUACGGAGAAUGGGGCUGACGCUCUUGGUCGCAUGCAUCUCGAGAAAUAAUGUUCUUUUGUAAUAUUUUUACCUUGUAAGAGUCUAUUUCACAUACGGAAAUAAUCCGUGCAGUCGCUGUCGCACAUGCAUCACUAUCCCGACUAAUGAGAAGUAGAAGUAAUGCUGCUGGAACCGACAAGCUGUUAGAUAAAAAAGGUUGUGUAGCGAUUGGCGUAGUUGUAAAUCCUGCGCUAAAUACAGUUCCACUACUAUGAAACCUGAGGACAAUUGCCAUUCGUAAAGCUCCCACUGCGCCAUUUACCGAACCGCGGAUGAGGUCUAUGUUUGAGGUAAACAUUUCGGGUUUCUCCGGCAACGAGCAGAAUCUGAUUAGGGAGAUUCGCAAACUCGAUGUACGACAUGCGCGCUACUUUUUGCUCUGCUUUAUCGACUUCCUGCUUGCUACGCCAGUUGUGAUACAUGUCGUCUGCAGCGAGUUCCGUCAGGUUGUUUCCCCUCAAGGUGUAGCGACGAAGGGGCCGUUGAAGCGCCGGUGGGAGGAGCAAUCGCGUGCUCGGCGAGGCCCAAUCUCGCGCGUCUCGGGUGUCAGCCGCGUGUUUCCGAAGCGUUUUUAGCGAGCUUAAGUUAAUUAUUACGAUCACUUCUCGGUUGUUUCUGGUAAUUAUAUUAUUUUAGACUUUGAUCGUUUACUUUAACCUGGUUUUGAGCAUUGCUAGCCUUGCUUUAGGCCUGUAUUCAGCAGCUGAUUGUGAGGGUGGUCACGCCGCAUGAGAUCUACGGACGACAAGCCGGGGCUCUACGGUGCUACGCAUUUAAAGGCCGAGCGAUAUUGCUUGUUGGACGACAUCUCGCCACUUCAAGACUGCGUUUUUCCUCGUUCCAGUGGGAAGUGAUCUGGUAAUCAAAAGUGGUCAUCCGUGCAAGUUGUGUGCAAGUGUCUGAGUGCUUAAUUUAUCUACGAGCGAAUAAAAG